AUGCCGAGAAUCAUCACUACCCUCGCCGUGCCCAUCGCGCUCGCCGCCCUGGCCUACCAAUUCCUCUCCGGUCCCGGAAGCAAAGCCCACGAUGUCUUUGGUCUCGGUCGUCCGCUCAACUACACCUCGCACUCGUGCACCCCCAUCCCGGAGCUCGAGGCCUGUGAGGACAUGUGGAUGCAUCGCGACUCGGGUCUCCUCUACCUUGCCUGCUCCGACAUUCCCGGUCGUCUCGCCUGGACCCCUGCCAUCGACAACCUCGACGUCUCUGGUCGACCCAACAACGACUACAUCGCCAUCCUCGACACCAAGAAGACCGGACCCUACGCCAGCAGGAUCACCAAGGUCAAGCCCGUCUCGUUCACCGACACGCUUAACCUGCACGGCAUCUCGGUCUACGAGGUGCCUGCCAAGUCGGCCGAGCUCAAGCCCACACUGCGCAUCUUCCUCAACAACCACCGACCUCCCAUCGAUCCGGUCACCAAGACUGUGAUGGACGCGACCAAGGUUGGGGCCAAUUCGACCUUCGAGCUGUUCGAAACGACGUUGGGCGAGUCGAGGAUGCGUCACAUCAGGACGUAUGUCGGAGAAGCGAUUCGCACCCCCAACCGCCCUGCUGCCGCCGGACCGGACAGCUUUGUCUUCACCAAUGACCACAGUGUCAAGACGGGUGCGAAGAGGGUGUUGGACUUCAUCCUGCCCAGGAGUGAUUUGGGUUUCUGCGACAAGAGCGGCUGCAAGAUCGCUGCUCCCGGCCCGUACCCCUACCCCAACGGCGUUGUUCGAUCGUCCAAGUACCCGAACCGAUUCUACGUCCCCGCAUCGGCCGACCCCAACAUCCGCGUCUUCGAGCUCCAGGCCGACAACACCCUCACCCUCAUCGACGUCAUCCACACCGGCUAUCCCGCCGACAACCUCACCGUCGACGACGAAGACAACAUCUACGCCGCCUGCUUCCCCAACGUCCCCAAGCUCCUCGCCAAGUUCAAGGAUCCGUAUCACAAGCACUCGCCCUCGACCGUGCUGAAGAUCAGCAAGAAUGUCGGCAAGGACUCAUUCUUCGGCAAAAAGUGGAACGUCGAGAAGCUGUUCGAGGACGAUGGGAGUGGGAUGAGCGGUGCGACUACUGCACUGUGGGAUGAGAAGAAUGGUGGACUUUGGCUCGGUGGCGUUUCGAGCAUCACCGCUUUCUGCAAACUCUGA